AAGGUUGAAGAGAGACGGGGUUUGCCAUAAGACUGGCUGCUAAUCAAAUACUACUGCAGAUGAUGUUUUACUCCCCUGAAAAUCAAUAGAACUGGCGCUGCAUUGUAUUCACUGUGCAGAACCUACCUUAAUGUCGCGCAAUGGGACAAUUUGUCGGACUGAACAGUCACUGCUAAGGGAAUGGGCAUAUCAGAGCAGCAAAUAAAAGAAAAGUAGAAUUCUAAUCCUUACAGGGAUAUCACACUUCUUUGAGAAUGGGAGCCUAACUCGGCUAUUGCAAAUCCGUGAAGCGCUAGAGCUCUAUAUCGAGCAGCCGGAGGAAUGUGUAGUCAAUAAAUAUAUAUAUGUAUGAAAGAUGAGGGUAAUGAAUCUCACGGAAUAUUCUACUCACAACGGCCAGCGGAUUCUACUGUGUUGAAGAGGCGCCAUAUCCGCUGGGAGAGCCUCCAAAAACAACGGUCUGGCACGUGAUACAGAUCGCUCUAAUAAAAGAAUGGGCCUCUUUUUCGCCAAAUAGAGUAGAAAUGGCAUCACGUCACCGGAUGGGUUUCUGCUACAGUGUCGUCUGUGGACCGAGAUCAACGUCGUUUACAGCUGAUUAAUGCAGAAGGACGCCUAGGUCAGAGCUACUUUUUCAAGAAACCGUUUUGUCAAUUAAUCAAUGUGAACGCCUGCAAUGCAGGAUGAGACAACUCAGGCUAAUAUUUUGGACGAAAUUGGCGCCACCCCGGUUCGUAAGAAUGGGCAUAUUUCUGGGGACAGUGAACGGAUUAUUCUGAAUGUAGGAGGGGUCCGACAUGAGACGCACGUCUCCACUCUACGAACUAUUGCCAACACACGGCUAGCUAGACUGGCCGAGAGACAUUUGAGGCAUAAACAUAGAAGAGAUGAAUAUUUCUUUGACAGACAUCCAUCUGUCUUCAAUUCUGUGAUAGAUUACUAUAGAACGGGUGAAUUACACGUACCUCUCGAAGUAUGCGGCGCAGUGGUGAUGCGGGAGUUGGAUUUCUGGCAGGUGGAUCAACAUGUCAUCAAGGCUUGUUGCUGGCGUCACUACCGGUCUUACAUAGAAAACAAACGCAUUCUAGACUCCUUUCAGCGCAGUCUAAAAAAAGAAACCUUCUCCUUAGAUGUUAGUAAAUUUGAAGGAUGGAAGAAAUUCCAAAUGCAGAUGUGGUUAAUUCUCGAGCAUCCAAGAACUUCCAAAUUAGCAAUGGGAUACGGAGUUAUUUCCCUUCUUUUUGUUGUCGUGUCUAUCCUCGGGUUUUGUUUAGAAACCUUACCGGGUCUAAGACCAAGCAAUAUAUCGGACAACAACACGAACGAGAACUGUCCAGGGAACAAAACAAAAGUGUUAAAACUCAAGGAGAAUGAGGGGCUAUACAUCCUAGACAUUAUUUGUACUGUGUAUUUUACGAUAGAGCUUGUCGUCCGUUUCGUUUUUGCUCCACAAAAGCUGAAGUUCAUUCGCUCAGCUAUGAACAUCAUUGACCUUCUUGCCCUGGUGCCUCUGUAUAUGCAGUUAAUUUUGAACUCCGAUGAAAAUCGCGCUUGCUACAUGAACGAACAGCUUAUCAUUGAAAUCAUGUUUGUAUUACGUAUUGUUCGAAUGUUUCGAAUAUUUCAUUUAGUGAAACAUUACCAGGCGUUAAAAAUCUUAGUGUAUGCGUUAAAGGCAAGUCUGCAAGAACUUCUCAUGCUUGCAAUUUUUCUUAUUAUCGGGAUGUUGAUAUUUUCCUCCUUGAUUUACUAUGCAGAGCGGCAUAACAUAAACUCAGGUGCGCCUGAGACUAUUUCAACCAUUCCUCUUGGGUUUUGGUGGGCGUUAAUCACCAUGACAACCGUUGGCUAUGGAGACAAACACCCGACGACGACUGUUGGUUACAUAGUGGGCACAGCAUGCGCUGUGGCGGGUGUUCUUAUGAUAGCUCUCACAAUUCCAGUUAUAUCCAAUAAUUUUACACUUUUCUAUACACAUGUACGCUCAAAAGGGACAACAGGCCCUCCUUCUUCCGACUCGGAUGAAUCUCUUGCUUCUUCCCUCGAUGACCGGGAUCGAGAAAAGGAGUUUGACGAAAAACGGAAAUUAUCAAGCGGGUCUCUAGUUGUCGAAGCUUACAUGAAUGGAACUCAUGCUAUUCGGAAGUUGACAUCUAAAUCCGGAAGUCCCCAGUAUUCUCCAAUAUUGAGACGAAUUCCGGAAUCGAACUCCUUGAUAGAUAUAUGUGAGCGACGAAUAUGCAACAGUGAAUUCGAUUUUGUUAGAAAUAACAGUAGUAAAGCAAAGAGUGAUGACGGGGUUACAUAUGCAGGGGAAACAACGCUUUGAUAAAGUUCUCCCGGAACAUUAUGGGAUAAUUUUAAACAAAUAUGGUCUGAAUUUCAUAUUAAAUCAUCAUAGUUUAAGAGGCAACAUCAUUAAAUAUUCUAUGCUUACUUUAAUACACGAGUUCUCGUCAAAGUGUUUUAUAUGCUUUUUUGGAUUUUUAACUUUUUAUCAACUAGGUAAAGUCUUAAUUUCAUGUUGCAACUGCUAAACAUUAAAAAGACCUGUUUUUUUUUCUUGCAAGAGAACCCAGUCGAGAUUUCGAUAGAUACUAAAGCAUGACUGAUUAGAUUAAUAGAUAUGAAACCGAUUAUAUCGUACAAAUUUUAAAUAUUUUAUGCUAUGCAAGAUUAAUGUUGUGAAAAGUAGUAAAAGCAGUGGUGGAAUUAAAACUUGAACGCAUUGUUACCAUGAAUAAUAAUAUUUUGUAAUGUACGCCAGGCUCCUUGGACACACUGGGUGCAUCGUCGCAGAUCUUUUUUUUUAUUGCAAGGUGUUUUUUUAAUCUUUAUGAUAUCAAACGAUUGAAAAUGGCAUUGUUCUCUUCAGAGCAAGACUACUACCAGUGUCUCGGUAAAUUGCAUUGGAAUAAACUAGUACUUAUCACAAUUAUCUUGCUAGUUUACAUCAAGUCUUUUCCCAUUGUGGUAAAAACUUUACUAGGGUAUGUAGUUUGGUGAACACGUGAUCAAACUCAUGAGUCACGUGGUUACCCAACCAGAUGAUCCGAUUACUCGCAAAUAGAAAGCUAUAGGUACAGUCGAUGCCAUAAUUGUACACUUAUGUAGUAAAUAUCAUAUACUUAUUAAUAAUUGUUGUUGGGAAAGUGGGUCUAUAUGUACAUGUAUUAAGCAAUUUAUAUUUCAGGACGAUUGAUUGAAUGUUGAUUGUAUUGAUAGAUCUAUACUGUGUCUCAUCAACGAACAUUUAAUGAAUUUUUAUUGUUCACUUUUUUUACUGUUACUCUGCUCAUAGUCACAAUUGAUUUUUUAUACGUGUCUGUUAGUGUGCAAUUAACUGUGUAUUGUUUAACUAAUCAUCUAAGCAUUUAAACUUCCAUUUUUACUUAUCGAUUUUACAUGUAAACAAUGUCACCUUUGAUGAUUUUGGAAUGUGUUAUAGCAGUCCAUUAUAAGUGUUUUCUUCUAUAAGAGCAGAUGAAACUCGUAUGGUAUGUCCGAAGAAAUCACGUGACUUGCAAGAUACGUUUUCGUGUUAAUGAAGCAAUAUUCUACAUACUUGUACAGUACAACAAUCAUGUUGAAGUGUUGAUGUAACUUUUACGUAAGCACUUGGUACUUUGUGUAUACUUGUAAUUUUUUUCUCACUUUUGCUCACUUUGAUAUACAUUUACACACGCAAAUGUGUCCCACCUAAAUUUCACAUGAAAAAAAGCGCCAAUAUUGGAAUUCAAGUGAAAGAGUUUCAAGAUAAGGGUAUAUAAUGACAUGAUUAGCAUAACAUAGCGCAUGAAAGUUCACGUGAUAUUAUGUGAGGCAUGAUUGGGCUGUGUAGACAUUACAAGUGCUCUCACGGUGACUGUGUUUGUAUUGUUUUCUUUAAUCUUUUUUACACAUUGCAGACCAACGCUUCAACUCUGCAUUGGUGUCAGCGCACGAAAACUUCAGAUAAUCAUUCCACUUGAAAUUUUACAAAUUGUUAUACUUUUAUUGUUUAUUUGCUGCUAUUUAUAUCUCAAUAAAAUUGAGUUUAAAGGCUA